GAAAAGGGUCCCCCAAAAUUUGAGCAUGUCGUCCUCCGAAUCAAGGGCUUGAAGUGUGGUUGCUGCGAAGGAGGACUUUCACGCGCCCUUGAUCGCAUUGUGGCUAUCCGAAACUACCAAGUGAACACGGUUUUGGCUAGAGCGGAGUUUGACUUGGAUAUGAACAUCCUCUGUGUCGAUGAUGUCAUUAAGCUGCUGACUACAAAAACGGGAUACAACUUUGAGGAGCACGUUGGAUUCAAUGGACAGGUAUUAGAGGUCAUCAUCACCGACCCUCGGCGUCUAGAGCGUGCUGGUCAGCCCAAAGGUAACCGUACGCAGGAAAUUUCAAGUGUUGGAAUACAUCCAACGAAAAUAUACUACGAUCCAAUCAAGAUAGGCGCCCGCACAUUGUUUGAGCAUUAUCGACAGUACGAUCCAGAUAUUUGCUUGGCGCCUCUGACCAUAGACCCUGAAAUUGAGCUUGGAGCCAAGCAAACAACUCGAGCUUUGCUAUGGUUUCUUCCUACAUUAGCCUUUACAAUACCCGUGCUUGUGUUCGCCUGGGCACCUGUCGAUCAAGAUCAGCCGGCUUUUCUCCAUGCAUCCUUGGCUCUUGCAACACUAGUUCAGCUUGUUGCUUUCAGAGAGUUCGUUCCAGGCGCUUUGCGAUCGCUCUAUCACUUCCACGUUUUGGAAAUGGACUUUUUGAUUGCUUUCAGUACCACUAUGGCGUACGGUUUCAGUCUGGCGUCGUACAUUUUUGAAAUCCGCGGGAAACCUUUGGAAACAGGAUCUUUCUUUGAGACAUCGACUCUGCUGGUCACAUUGAUCCUGCUGGGUCGCGUCAUCAAUGAGUUUGCGCGUUUCCGAGCUACCAAAUCCGUCUCUUUUCGGUCACUUCAGAUCGAAGAAGCGCUUUUGGUGUCGCCAUCCGCCAAUGACAUUUGGGCCAAUGUGAAAACUACUCCGAUUGAUUCUCGCCUUUUACAGUACGGUGAUGUUUUCAUCGUUCCUCCUUAUACUAGGGUCGUUACAGAUGGUAUCGUGAUUUACGGAGGCUCCAAUGUCGAUGAAUCCAUGAUUACUGGGGAGUUCAAGCCCAAAGCGAAAGGCUUAUCCUCCGAAGUUUUUGCUGGCACGACCAACCAAGACGGCUCCCUUGUCGUUAGUCUGAGGAAAUUGCCCUAUGAGAACUCUAUACAAAAGAUUGCGACUCUAGUUGAAGAUGCUGGCCUAAGCAAACCGAAAGCUCAAGCCCUGGCGGAUCGCGUAGCCGAGUACUUUGUGCCCGCCAUAGCUCUAAUUGGUCUGGUGGUCUUUCUAUCCUGGCUAUUUAUCGAUAGGUAUUGUAGCGAGCACACAUGGAAGAGCGCGGUCCUUACGGCAAUCACUUACGCCAUAGCGACUCUUGUUGUGUCAUGCCCAUGUGCUAUUGGUCUAGCUGUUCCUAUGGUUAUCCUCAUUGCAAGCGGUGUGGCAGCACGGUAUGGUAUCAUUCUCAGAGACCCUCAGAAACUAGAGCUCGCCCGCAAAGUAACGCAUGUGGUAUUCGAUAAGACUGGAACGCUUACUAGUGGGAGAUUGGACGUUGUGGGCGUUCCACGAUAUCGUAAUACUGACAGAGCACGCGUCAAGGGACUGAUGAUGGGGCUGUUGAAAGACAUAAAGCACCCGGUAGCUGUUGGAGUUGUACAUUAUCUCAUACAGGACAGGACCACCAACGCAUACUACGAACCUUUGGAGGUCAACAACAUUGUCAGCUUUCCUGGGCAAGGAGUCCAAGGCACUUGCGCAAAAACUGGAGCUGUGGUUCGCGCUGGAAAUGCUGAUUGGUUGAAAAUCAAUGUCAUUGGACAAGAAUCGAACACGAGGUGCUACUUUACGAUUGCAGGAGACCUUCAAGUCAGUUUUGAGCUCAAGGAUCGUACUCGCCCGGGGGCUGAGAUGGUCAUUGAAGAGCUGCAUGCUCAAGGUAUCCAAGUACAUAUAGUCAGCGGCGACACCGAGAGUGCAGUGGAUGAUGCUGCCAGUGCACUCCAUGUUCACAAAGACAACAUCAAGUCCCGCUGCAAGCCCGAUGGGAAGUGCACAUAUAUCAAAGACCUCCAGGGAUCGGGAGAAACCGUCAUGUUUAUAGGCGAUGGCACAAACGACUCUGCUGCACUCAAGCAGGCUGAUAUUGGCGUACACAUCAGCCGGGGAUCUGAAGUCGCCAAAAGUGCUGCGGACAUCAUUCUAAUGACUACCCGUCUACAUGGCAUCUUGAUAUUGCUUGACAUUUCCGGUGCUGCAUACCAACGUAUUGUCGCCAACUUCACCUGGUCCGGCCUGUACAACACUGUCGCAAUCGCGCUUGCGUCUGGCGUUUUUGUCCGACCGGGCCGUCAUAUCAGGAUCAAGCCGCAAUGGGCUGGGUUGGGUGAGCUCAUUAGCGUGUUGCCGGUACUCUUGAUUGCAUUUCAGAUGCAGUGGCGUGACUAUGGGGGUACUUACCGAUUGAUUGAGAACGACUAUCAAAGGUUUGAAGCGCCCAAACGUGAGCGUGUCGUUCAAACUCGCCAAAGCUCUUUAAUGGAUAGCGCAGAGUGUUGCGAUAUUUCAUCAUCCAGGUUGACGAAGAUUGAUGCUGUGACGAGGUAA